ACCUAAGUUUAUUGUUAGAGGGGCCGCUGGCCGCGGACGUGCCGCCAGGAUUUAGUGCGUCUUGCACGCCCAUGCCGGUACCACGCGCGCCGCGACGCGACGCCUCCAUUGAUCGAACGCCGAUCGAUCGAUCGAUCUAUCGCGCGCCGCCAGUGAACGAUCUUUUCCGAGGCCGCCGACUCGGAUCGCCGGUGGAUCGAAUCGGAGUGAUGAGUUCCGUUUAUUCGAAUCGAGUGACCCAAAGUGCGAAUCCGAUGGCGCGAAGGUAGACAAGCGAAGUCGAACGUGACGCGGGUCCCGAUCGGCUACGGGUCUCCGAUCCCGUUUCCUUUGAUUUUGCGACCCCGCCCUCCUCGCAGCCCUCCACGACCCACAUUUUUCAGGAGGCUCCGCCCGAUACCAAGGGAGCUCUAUCAGAUCGAGAUAUCGCGAUGCAGCGCCGUUACCGCGGGCAUAACCGGAUCGCGUUAUUAACAGAUAAAAAUGCAGUUAAAAACUAUUGCUCCGGGCAGCAGCAGAGCAGCGUCGGUCUCAUCCGGAACGGUGCAUCGAGCGAAGAAGCUGCCGCCGAGUUCUCCCGCGUCCGUCGUAGCGACCUCAGGUAAAUGAGGUCUUAUCGCACGGUCCUUUUCCCCGGCGAGGUCUGAAGGGUCUGAAAAAGGUCGCGCUGUGUAUCGGGUCCUUUCUUAUCCCAGGACUUUCUCCGCUUAUCCGCCAUCGUUCUCCGCGGACAAACUGCAUCGGCCGCGAUAAAUAAACUCGGGCCGGGUCGGGUCGGACCGGGUCGGGAAGAGCUCCGCCCGAGGUGCGGGAAGCAUCGUCUCGCGAAGUGUGCCGGUGUCGCCGAUGAGCCAGCGUCGUCGUCCGUGUGUUCGCCAGCGGAAUUCUCGUGCUCGCCAGUGGAAUUCCAACGGCGCGGAGUUUCACCGCGCUUGAUCCGCGGUCACGGAAUCCCCCGUUACCGAGUGGAAGCCAGCAGGAACGGCAGGAAGGAAGGAAGGAAGGAAGACAGGAAGGAAGAAGGAAGCUCCACGGAGGAGGCGUUAUUAAAGUUUCCCCCUCACCCACCCCUACCCUGCUGAUCCGCGCGCGUGUUACGCCCGCGUUUACGUGGCCCGGGGCGAAAACUAUGAGGCACGAUGAGCGGGCCAAGAAUCGGUGGGCCACCGUGCGAGAAAAUGCUGGACCUCUGCCAGGAGCACCGUCACGGUUGGACUGUGUUGCUGCUGGUGUAUUUGGGCAUCUGCGCCUCACUGCCUGUCACGAUUUUCUCCGCCCCGGUGCAGGUCCGUGAGAUAUCGAAGGAGGGCUCGCAGCGUCGGCCGAACGAUGCCGGGAACGACUCGAUCGACGGAGAUCUGCCGAUGUUCGAGCCAACUGCGGCGAAUGUCAGCGCAUUUGUCGGCCAGACGGUCUACCUGCCAUGCCGGGUGCGGAAUCUUGGAGACAAAGUGCGUCGGCGGAGGAGAAAUCGCGGGGCGUAGGCGAACCUAUCGUCGAGCGGCAUCCAGCCAAUACCCUGGAAGCUUUAUGAACGAUUCGACUCGUAUUUCCGACAGAAAGUACAUCACCGUGGACGUUCUCCGCGGCGAAAACAACGCGGGAACAAGCACGAAGGAAAUAUGAAAGGUACGCCCGAUCGAGCAACGAUGUUUCAUAACUCAUGAGGACGACGUUGCUGAAAAGAAUCGUCAGGAGUAUCGUUCCUAAGUGGCCCGUGAAAUUUCUGC